CGUCCUUCUGGCAGCUGUAGGGCGCUCUAGGCCGGCUGCGGGGACCGGUGAGGCUUUUUGACUUUCCUGAGGACGGCGUGCGGAACGGGGGGCAUAAAGGAUGGCAGCGCGCCGUGCAUUAAAGGCUGUUUUGGUGGAUCUCAAUGGCACACUUCACAUUGAGGAUGCAGCUGUGCCAGGCUCACAGGAAGCUCUUAAAAGGCAAGCUAUCCUCCAGGUUCCGCUGACAAAUAUGUUUGUUGCGCAGUACUUCUGUCAUGGUUAGGUUUGUGACCAACACGACUAAGGAGAGCAAGCAAGACCUGUUGGAAAGGUUGAAAAAACUGGAGUUUGAUAUCUCUGAAGAUGAAAUAUUCACAUCUCUGACUGCAGCCAGAAGUUUAGUAGAACAGAAGCAGGUCAGACCCAUGCUGCUCGUUGAUGAUCGGGCGCUGCCUGAUUUCAAAGGAAUAGAAACAAGUGAUCCUAAUGCUGUGGUCAUAGGAUUGGCUCCAGAACAUUUUCAUUAUCAAACUCUGAAUCAAGCAUUCCGGUUACUUCUGGAUGGGGCACCUCUGAUAGCAAUCCACAAAGCCAGGUAUUACAAGAGGAAAGAUGGCUUGGCCCUGGGGCCUGGGCCAUUUGUGACUGCUUUAGAGUAUGCCACAGACACCAAGGCCACAGUAGUGGGAAAGCCAGAGAAGACGUUCUUUUUGGAAGCAUUGCGGGGUACUGGCUGUGAACCUGAGGAGGCCGUCAUGAUAGGAGAUGAUUGCAGGGAUGAUGUUGGUGGGGCUCAGAAUGCCGGCAUGCGGGGCAUCUUAGUAAAAACUGGGAAAUAUCGAGCAGCAGAUGAAGAAAAGAUUAAUCCAGCUCCUUACUUAACUUGUGAGAGCUUUCCUCAUGCCGUGGACCACAUUCUGCAGCAUCUACUGUGAACCAUUACGUGCAUCUGAAGAACCUGAAAGGCAGCUUUUAGUGUCUGGGAUGAAUCCCUUCCCAGCUCAGUGCCAGCACCGACAGACACGCACCACUCAGUGCUGAUGGUGGUGUAACCCCCUUUUAUUGUGCAUUAAUUAGAAAGAAAGGUAUUGAAUUGCAGCCAGCCAGCAAGCCUCACUAAUCCCUUUUGUUUUAUUUUGUAACAAAAGAUGAGACCCAAAGAAAGGGAAAGCUGAGAUUUUUGUGCCAUUUCUUUUAAAAUAUUCAUCAGGUUGGGCAGGCCUGGGAGGGAGCAGCUACUGCAGAGGAAAUGUUCUCUGCUAUCUCCUCACUGGACGACAGGGAGGGGAAAUUCAGACUGUAAAUAAAAUUGAAUGGUGGUUUUUAAAUUAUAAAGUAAUCCAUUAAAAGGUGCAUUAGGCUGUAGUUUUAAUAUUCAGUUCAACUGUGAAAUCCAUCAGAAGUGCUGAGCAGAGUCUGAGACAUAAGCAGCAAAGUGAAUUGUCCUGUAGCCCAAGUGAUACAGUGAAUUUGCUUUACCAGAUGUUGAAAACUAGAUUUUCUACUGUAUUCCCAGCACGGGUGACUUCUUUUUCUCUUCAUUAGCCAGAGAUGACUAAUUUAAAUUUAGAACCAGAUUUUAAUUUAAAAUAAUAUUUCCAUUAAUAACCUAUUCAUUGCAGAUACCUAUUAUACUGUGUAACAGUUGUUUGGGAAAUUUUAUGUAAAAUUAAAACUAUCAGUAUUUUACAGAUGUUUUAAUUAGACAUUGUUAUUAACAGGAACAGUGCAGAAACUAAAAUCAAGCCUUUAAUGUCUUACAGACCAUGCAUUUUUGAAGUUAGUGUCCACCAGGGUCCUAUUAACUGUACAUUUGCAAGAUUUCAUUAUUUUUGCCUCUGACACUAUGGGAAAAAUCUUUUAGACACUUUUGGGACAGAUUCAAGCUUUUAUGUACUUGGUUACUACAGCUGUAAAAUGAAAUCUCGUCUUGUAGCAUGGAUUAUUCUUCUUAUGUUAAACCCACCAAAAUGAAGAGGACUAAAUAGGUAAUGAUUUUCCUAGUGCAUUUGCAUAGUGUGAUAAUCCUGGGCCUCCGCAGUUGUUUUACGGGGCUCCUGGGCAUUGAAUUAUUAGAAUGUAAUUGUACAUCAUUGUAGUGUUCACCUUAUUGAAACUCACACUGAUGUUAAUGAGCUUCGGGUUUUGAUGCUUGUUUAGAGAUCAGCUUGGUCUUAGAUGGAAGGAAGGGGAGCUGAAUAAAUGAUAGUCUGCUGA